AUGCAACAAAAGCGCACUAGAAGCUCUCGUCCCAAGCUAUUUCAAUGCAAAGGCUAUGGUGAUUGCAACAUGAUCUUCACUCGCAGUGAACAUCUGGCACGCCAUGCAAGGAAGCACACUGGAGAAAAACCUUUUGUAUGCAUUGUGCCUGAAUGCAAAAAGGCCUUCAGCAGAUUUGACAAUAUGAUGCAACAUACUCAGACACACAGAAACAACAACCAUUACAACAUUGUCAAUUCUCAUCCCAAGGACAGACAUCACAAAGAUGGACCAGGAGAUAAUACUCGUUCAAAUACAAGAGCACAGACCAGACAGCCUUCUCAAAAAAAGAGCACACCGACUGCUACUGCUGCUACUGCUGCGUGUGAACACCAACAACACCAACAACAACAACAACAAACAGAUACCAAAAAGAAAUCUUGUUGUGCUGCCAAUAAUAGCUACAUCAACACUGAAUUAUACAUACAAACGCAUGGUCAACAGCCUUCUUCCUCAGGCCUUAUCUCCCCAGUCUCUUUGUCAUCCUCAUCUCCCAAAAGACGGAUUUUCUCAUCCACAUCUUCCACAUCAUCCGAGGAAGAGGACGAAGAAGAAGAUGCUGUUAUACAUACUCCACCAUUGAAAAGAACAAGAAGAUUGUCUGUAGCUGAUUUGUGUAAUCCUACAGAUGAUGCUCUGCCUUCUAUUUCAACUACUUCAAUUCAUAAUCUAACAAAAGAUGAAUUUGAGGCGUUGGAAGGCUUCGGUAGAUUCCGCCAUUCUCCUACGGUCUUUUUCGAUUCUUUGAAAGAUCUAGCUCAUGCCUCCAGAUACUAA